GCGCGUUUAUGUCGACUGCCAAGCCAAAAACAGCUCGCUGUUGCGUUGGUGGUUGUAACGACGAUAGAUAUCCGACAAAAUGAUGUUCGAUCCGUUUCUUUAAAUUUACCACAGCCAAGAAUAAACACCAGAAAUGGAUAGAUGCUAUAGUCCCACGAUUAAGCCGUAUGAUUUUUCACCUGGAAAUGGGUGUUUUGUCUGUGCGAACCACUUUGUAGAUGGACAGCCUACUAGAGAAUAUCCCAACCCUACACUUUUUUUGUCUGUACUGAAAAACAAGUUCGACAAGACUCCUCAAAAAAGAAGAUUAUUGGAUAAAGAGCCCAAGUAUGAAAUUCAAGGUGCUAGUAAUGUGAGUGAUGUCGGUGAGACCUGGAGUUGGAAGCUCCCCCACAGCAUCCUUGAUGCACAAUGAGGUUAAACUUCUUGCCAUUCCCUCUGGUGGGGACCUGAAGAAAUAUGCAUUUAAGGUGUUUUCGCAGCUUUUUACAACAGAAGAAAUGGCUGCUGGAAUUCUUGAGCCAGCAAGAGAAAAAGCAACGGKGAAGGAAGUGCUGGACCCCCACAGGACAAGUCUUUGAAGAAGUAAUGAAUUUCUUUUUAGUUUCACAACAUUGUGUAAUCACCUAAGAAAAUAUAUUCUCUUAGCUUGUGUUUAGGAUCAUUGAAGAGGAGUUCCCUUUACAGAAUUUCACAUUAUUUAAAAAGAUAAUAACUAUUAUUAAAAACUGGAUGAGUGGAUAAUGCAAUUCAAGA